AUGCCAUCGCGCAAGCGCGCCCGUGCUCCGUCCACGGCGCUGGUCGUGCGGGCCGAGCCCUCUGAGGGCAGCCUGCGCGCGGGCCUGGCCAAGCUGUGGCGCGCGGGCACCUGCUGCGACGUGGAGCUCGUGGUGGAGGGCAGGAGCUUCAGCGCCCACCGCGUCGUCCUUGCGGCCGAGUCGCCGUGCCUCGCCGCGCUGGUGUGCGGCGGCUUCGCCGAGGCCGGGAUGCCGCGCAUUGAGCUUCAGGAGAUCUCCUCCUCGAUCUUCGAGCGAGCGCUGGACUUCCUGUACCUGCAAGAGUGCACGCUGGCUUCGCAGGACGAGCUGCAACCGCUGCUCC